GACCAGCUUUUCCUUGCUCAGUUAUUAGUCUAGUUUUUUUACGCCCUCUGCUUUAAUAUAGUGAUCUGAUAUGGGACCGCGUGUCACUGUCACCGUUCCGCUGUCAUGUUCGUUACCGGCAGAAUGUUGAGCAACACCGGUGGAGUCGCGAGGGAAUUCCUAAUGUGGAGCGCUAUCUGGAUCACAGACAACUGACCCCAAAACAAGGAACAUGAGACGCGGUAAAGUUCCCAUACCGAUACUGGAUGUACUAUCGGCUAUUCUGCUGCUCAUGCACCUGUCUGAAAUGGCAACCAGGGCUGCAGCAAUGGUGUCCAGCAGGGUGUCAGUAGAGAGCAGUUGUCCCCUGGGCCAGUUUCCCUGUGGUAAUGUGACAGUGUGUCUACACCAGGCUCUACAGUGUAAUGGACAUAGAGACUGUCCCAAUGGAGCCGACGAGGACAACUGUGGAGACAACAGUGGAUGGGCGGACAUCUUUGAUCGAACCAUCAGGAAGGUCGAACCACAGGUCCUACCGUUACCAGAAGACUGCUUCUUGCAGCAGUACCCACAGCGUUGUGACUGUAUCAAGACAGAGCUGGAGUGUGUGGAAGUCAACCUACAUGACGUUCCUCAAGUCUCCACCAACGUCACCUGGCUGUCUCUGAAGAGUAACGAGAUAAAGAGACUGUCGGACAACAUCUUCUCCAAAUACACACACCUGCAGAGACUGUUCUUACAGAAUAACAGCAUCCAGACAAUCUCCACUCAAGCCUUCAGUGGACUCUACAAACUGGAGAGACUGUUUCUCAGUGAGAAUUCCAUCUCAUCUCUCAGCCCGGGUGUGUUCAGUGAUCUCCGUAAUUUAUGGUGGCUGGUGUUGGAUCACAACCCCCUGAACAGUGUUUCCCAAGACACCUUCACCGGCCUCACCUCCCUCAUGUUCCUCUCCAUGGUUAAUACAUCUCUGGUGCAGCUCCCCCAGCCCAGCCUCUGUCACCACACACCUAACCUCAGCUGGGUGGAUUUUGAGGGUAACCAGGUCUUAACCAUUAGCUACUCUACUCUGAUGACCUGCAGCCACCUCACAGUACUGCUCCUAAUGGACAACAAGAUCACAACUCUUCCUGAGAACACAUUUCAGUCUCUAGUGGUUCUAGAAGAACUAGACCUGUCGGACAACCGGAUUACUGAGCUCCCCAACAACACCUUUAAGAGCCUAAAGUCUCUCGUCAAACUGAACAUAUCCCAUAAUCCUCUGUUCCACAUCCACCCGGGUCACUUUGAUCACCUGACCCAGCUCCAGUCCCUAGGUCUGGAGGGUAUUGAGAUUCCAGACAUCCAGACGAAGAUGUUUGUACCCAUGGGAAACCUCUCACACAUCUACUUCAAGACAUUCCAGUACUGUUCCUAUGCGCCCCACGUGAGAACGUGCAAGCCCAACACAGACGGUAUCUCUUCCUUCGAGGAUCUGUUAGCCAACGUGGUGCUCAGGGUCUCUGUGUGGGUCAUGGCCUUCAUCACAUGUUUCGGGAACCUCUUCGUCAUCGGGAUGAGGUCUCUGAUCAGGGCAGAGAACAACUUGCACGCCGCCUGCAUCAAAGUCCUCUGCUGUGCAGACUGUCUGAUGGGUGUGUACCUGUUCUUUGUCGGUGUGUUUGACGUGAAGUUCCGAGGGGAGUACAAUCGGAACGCUCUCCUGUGGAUGGAGAGUGUGGAAUGUCGAACCAUCGGAUUCCUGGCUAUGCUCUCCUCAGAGGUAUCCGUUCUGCUGCUGACCUACCUGACUAUGGAGAAGUUCCUGGUCAUAGUGUUUCCCUUCAGCCACCUGAGACCUGGUAAACUACAGACUGUGGUGGUGCUAGUGUCUAUCUGGGUGCUGGGGUUCAUCAUCGCUGUGGUUCCCUUGCUGAACGACGAUCUGUUUGGGAACUACUAUGGUCGUAAUGGGGUCUGCUUCCCCCUACACUCUGACAGACAGGAAAAACCCACUGCUAAAGGAUACUCUAUCGGAAUAUUCCUUGGUCUGAACCUGGUAGCCUUCCUGGUGAUCGUGUUCUCCUACUCCUCCAUGUUCUACUCCAUCUAUAAGACUGGGAUCAAUGCUACAGACCUGAGGAGCAGGCUACACAGAGAUGUGGCUGUAGCUAACAGGUUCUUCUUCAUCGUCUUCUCUGACGCCCUCUGCUGGAUCCCCAUCUUCCUGGUCAAGAUACUGUCCCUGCUGCAGGUCGAGAUACCAGGUACCAUCUCAUCCUGGGUGGUGAUCUUUAUAUUACCCAUCAACAGUGCCCUGAACCCUAUCCUCUACACACUGACUACCAGCUUCUUCAGAGAACAGGUGGAGUUGCUGCUGUGUCGCUGGCAGAGACGGUCGACCAUGAAGAAGAACAGGAAGAGCCUGACCUCCUCUAUCAUACAUGGAGGCCUCACGGAAUACAUCCUAUCACCCCCCAGUCUACCUACUGAUAUGGACCCUCGCUAUGGGUGAGGGAAGGAGGGAGACACAUAUUACCACCCCCUUCAUAUCUGCCCAGAAUUUCAUUGGAUCCUGACUGUGGGUAGAAAGGGGGAGAGUGGAGUAAAGAGGAAGGACAGUAUUCAUUUUACCACCCCCUGUAUCCCACUGACUGAGAUAUGAAGGCCUCUCUCCACCUGGGGAAGGAGAGGAGACAUUUUAACACCCCCUGAAUCCCACUGACUGAGAUAUGAAGGCAUCUCUCCACCUGGAGAAGGAGAGGAGAUAUUUUACCAACCCCUGAAUCCCACUGACUGAGAUAUGAAGGUAUCUCUCCACCUGGAGAAGGAGAGGAGAUAUUUUACCAACCCCUGAAUCCCACUGACUGAGAUAUGAAGGCAUCUCUCCACCUGGAGAAGGAGAGGAGAUAUUUUACCAACCCCUGAAUCCCACUGACUGAGAUAUGAAGGCAUCUCUCCACCUGGGGAAGGAGAGGAGACAUUUUAACACCCCUUGAAUCCCACUGACUGAGAUAUGAAGGCAUCUCUCCACCUGGAGAAGGAGAGGAGAUAUUUUACCAACCCCUGAAUCCCACUGACUGAGAUAUGAAGGCAUCUCUCCACCUGGAGAAGGAGAGACAUUUUACCACCCCCUGUAUCCCACUGACUGAGAUAUGAAGGCAUCUCUCCACCUGGGGAAGGAGAGGAGACAUUUUAACACCCCUUGAAUCCCACUGACUGAGAUAUGAAGGCAUCUCUCCACCUGGAGAAGGAGAGGAGAUAUUUUACCAACCCCUGAAUCCCACUGACUGAGAUAUGAAGGCAUCUCUCCACCUGGAGAAGGAGAGGAGAUAUUUUACCAACCCCUGAAUCCCACUGACUGAGAUAUGAAGGCAUCUCUCCACCUGGAGAAGGAGAGGAGAUAUUUUACCAACCCCUGAAUCCCACUGACUGAGAUAUGAAGGUAUCUCUCCACCUAGGGAAGGAGAGGGGAUAUUUGACCGAUCUAUUGCUCCUCUCUCCACACCUCCCUGCAGCUCCAGCCAGAGGACUAGAGGACUACUGCUUAAUGAACCAUUCAUUUAAUACCAUUAAGACCAGGGCUGCCCUGGAGAGGGCUGUUUCAGACUAUUACUGCUGCAAAUUAAUUGCUCUUUAGGGACAAUAUUGAUUUGUGCUCAAAGCUUCAAGCUCUUCACUGUACAGUAUGGGAGAAAUUCACCUCACCCACCUCACUCACUACAGUACUUACUAUGUCGCAGGGUUGUCGCCAAUUCGAAUUAAAGGUAGUCAAUUCAGGAAGUGAUUUGAAUUUGAACUUCAAUAAAUGGAAAAACUUUACAAAUAAACAGCUUUCACUUAUAGUUUCUUGAGAAGCAAUUUCAAAUAGAUGGCCUUUUUCGAAUGCCUUCAAUUCGAAUUGACCCCAACCAUGCUAUGUAGCACCGAUAAAUGCUGGGACUGGGAGGAUGUAGGACCUGUUUACAAAUGGACUCCUUAUCAACAAACCUCUUUGUUUGUUUGCUUGUACAUAAACAACUGAACUGUGUGUUUGUUUAAUAAUCUAGCUCCCUUUGGUUGUGUGUGUGUGUCACAAAUGGCCCUUUUUGUUCCCUUUGUAGUACACUUCUUUUGGCCAUGUUGGGACGUGGACUUUCUUCUUUGUGGAGUCUGUUAGUCUAACAUGAAGAGAAGACUCUUACCCAUGGUCACAUGUCUGUGUACUGUACAUGCCCACUGGGCACAAACUGGUUGAAUCUAUGUUGGGGGGUUUUCAACAUAAUUU